UGCAGGGCUUCCCUCGUUGACCUUGUCUGCAACCCUGGCAACUCCUGGAAAUUUGCACAUUACGCAUUCGUUUUGAAGGUGGCAACCCUCCUGCGGUGACAAUUAAUUUCGUACAGCUCAUUAGGCGUUGGAAAACUUUCGCCAAGGGUGGCUUUGUGUUCUGGAUUUUAAACCUGUCAUUCCAGCGAAAAGUGGUGCAUAAAAGCUAAUUUCUUGGGUCCCUUCUGUUUUGAUAUAUUCUAUUAGCACGUUGGUAAGCUCAAUUAGGCGAUUUCACGCUGUCACAGCCUUACUUCAACAAACAACAAGGGAGCCUAUUGAAAACUUAAUAAUUUAGCUAAAAUAUGAAAAAAGUUAAGAAGUCCAUUAAGCGGGCAAGUCCCAGCGAUGAGGAGUACACUUUGGAGGAGGACCCAAUCGAGCUCGAGUUGGGAAAGAUGGAGAGGGGCAGUUCCAGUGGGGAAAGCGACGAAGAAGGUCAGCGGGAUCAAAAGCAAGUGGACUCCAACAUCGACGAGAUGGACGAGCAAAACGACGAGGAACAGGAGGCAGCCAGGGAACAGGAUGCGGAAAGGCAGAACGACCUGCGCAAGAUGUAUGAACUAAGUCUCCUCCCGCCGGCGGCCAUAGCAGCCCAGAUCCAGCAACUGGAGAAGGAGAUCUACGAGCUGAGCCAAUGGGAAGCCAGGGAGCUAGUCCGGAGCAAACACCUGCGCAUCUUUGGCAACUGCCGUCGUCGCGCCAACAAGUGAAGAAGUGACAAAUCUGCUUACAGAACACUGUAUACUGCACUGUUGAUGACUUUGAUGGUAUCAAAUAAAGGGUCGUCAACGAAAGUGACUUCAACUCCAUUCCGUUUCCCCUUCCAGUGGCAAAGCACACAUAGCUCCACAUGGCCCAAGUGGCCAGAUGGGCGAGUGUCGUGGGCAAAGUCCCAUGAAAGCCGCUUACAGGGC